GUGAUACAUUGACAGAAAGACAGAGAGUGAGAGAAUCAGUCUUUCCAUCAUGGAUUUCAUCAGAGCUGCAGUGAUUCUGUUCAGUCUUCUGCUCUCAGUGUCGGCUCAGAAGCCGGUUCUGUCGAUUGAGCCUCGCAGUGCUGUGGUUAAUCAGGAUGGGACGGUCAGUUUCCGAUGCCGGGUGGUCAGCGGGUCCCAGCCCAUCCAGCUGGAGUGGAAGAGGCUCAACAACCAGCCACUCGGAGAUAAUGUGAAAGUCGGUCCGGAUGGCUCGGUUCUGACGAUUGCUUCAGCCCGACCCGGAAACCAGGGGCAGUACCGCUGCAUCGCAACCAACGCACAGGGCAAAACUACCAUUACUGGAGUUCUGACCGUCAAACAGGCUCCAAAAGUUCGGGUGACGCCCUCCGGACCGGUUACGGUGAGAGUCGGCCAAUCACUGAGCCUGGAAUGCCACGUCACCGGUAGGCCACGCCCCUCGAUCACCUGGGUGAAGCAGGUAGGGGGACAGGAGACUGUGCUGGCAUACACAACAACUGACGCCAAGGCAACGCUACAGGUGUCAGUCAUGGCCGCUGAGGAUUCUGGGACGUAUUUGUGCCGAGCUCAGAGCAGGGAGGGGUCAGCUGAAGAGAAAGUGGAGCUCCGGAUGGAGGGAGGAGCCUCGGUUGCCAUGGAGCCCAAAGCAACCGUCUCUCAGACUGACCUACUAGCUGUAGAGGGUCAGAGCAUCACCAUGCACUGCCAAGCAACUGGUUCUCCGGCUCCUGAGAUCAGCUGGUCGAAGCUGAGAGCUCCGUUACCCUGGCAACACAAAACAGCAGGAGGAACCCUCACCCUCACCAACGUUGGCCGCCAGGACUCGGGUCAGUAUAUCUGCAACGCUACUAACGCUGUGGGCUACAUGGAAGCUUACGUACAGCUGGAGGUGGACUCCCCACCCUACGCCACCUCGGUCCCUGACCAGGUCGUCGCCCGCCGGGGGGACACCCUGCGACUGCAGUGCAUCGCCCACGGCUCUCAUCCAAUCAGCUUCCAGUGGUCCCGAGUGGGUGGAGCCUCCCUCUCCACAGGAGCGAGGAGCACCAAGGACGGCAGGCUGAGCAUCACCCAGCUGAAAGUGUCCGACAGCGGGAACUACAAAUGCGUCGCCACCAACCACGUGGGUACCAGUGAGACGGUUGCCACGGUUACCGUGAGAGCAUAAUGACUCAUCCUUAACUCAUCCCUGAUUCACCGACCUGAGGAGGACAACAUGUAAUGACCAGAUGUUCUCCAGACCCGACCAUACGCCGAAAACCCUGUGAUGUAAUCUCCUGAUCUUAUCUUCUGGAACAGCAGCAUUUAUAUGGGUUAAACCAGCAUAAACCAGGCCUCGUUUCUACAUAUUCAGAUUAAUCUAACUAUUCCUCAGAGAAAGAUCUGCUCUGAUCGUCUGAUCUCUUCACUCUGUCGGUUUCUGAGUUACUGAUUAACUUUAGAAACAGAAUCUUCCAGCACUUCCUUGUCUUACGCUCUACAUUCAAGUUCAAUAAACAGAUAAUAAAUUUCUCUUACACCUACUCA